CCUCCGCAGAAAGAAAGCGCACAGCAGCGCGUCACAGAACGCGCGCUCCGCUCGUGUGCUGUGCAGCUGCGGACCGGAGCCCCAGUUCCAGGAGCAGUGAGCGAAGCCGCGCCUCCGUCGCGCGCUUUGUGCUCUCCGUGUGUGUUUCGUGGGCGCGCGCGCGCGCGUCAGCCUCUUCAGGGUUUUCGUUUCUGCGGCGGAUACACACGUGUCACGAGACAACGACGGCGCCUUAGCCGUCGCUGUAGCGGAGAAGGCGAUGCGCUUCCCAUGUGAAUUCUGCGCCGCGUUAUUGGUGGUGUUCGCACUGGCGGUCGCCGUACUGUGCGAAAAAGACGGCGGGAGCCUCGUCGUUGCUACGGCAGUGCCCGCUCAGGAUAACCCCCGCAUCGGAGAGACUGCCCAGACGAAACACGCGGAAAACGGAACAGCUGAGGUUGAGCCGACCGCUACUUCUCGGAAGGACGUGGUACGGGCUGGGCAGACCAUUUCUGCAGAACACUCAAGCAGGAACGACGUUUCGAACGAAGAGGCAGGAAGCACUCCUGCGACAUCACCGAAUAAUGCGCCCACCGCAGCUGCCAGUGAACGAACCGCUCUGAACUCUACGAGCAGCAGCAACAACAGUACGAGCAACGGGGUCACUUUCGGCACCUCUACGGCGUUGCCUCAACAGGCGUUCAGCGCUGCUUCCGUGGCUCAAAACGCAGACCACAAGCUAGCUACGGCAACGUAUAAGAGUCGCGAUGAGCCAACGCCGCAACCGACCAUCCACAGUUCUUCAUCUGAUACCACUACUGCCGCCACUCAACAUGGCAUCGAUGUCCUGGCACAUGUGCAGGAAGACCGACCUAGUCAAGACACCGAGGACGCUGUAGUGACCGGACGCAGCAAUUCAUCAACAACACAGGAAACGGUUGCUCCUACCACUCGGUCUACGAUUUCCACGGCGGCGCCGUCUUCGGUUCGACCAGAGACGGCUACUGUGCUGAUGAGGCUAGACGAAGUCGCAUCGUCGCUAGGAGCAUCGCCUACACGGCACGGACCACAUUCUACCGUGACGGCGCCUCCCAAACUAAAGAAACCGCCCGAAAAGACUAAAACGACUUCCUCUUCUGUCACUCCUUACCAAACAGCCGCAGCAAAGGAAGUAACACCGUCGCCGUCUCGAGAAGUAGCCAAAAACACUUCGUCAUCCCCUCCUAGCGGCGCAGCCUCUGCAGUCGCCGCGAUGACAAACAUAUCAGAAGGAGAAGAAGUAAGUAUUACCGUGAUACCAGAACAAGAGGAGCAAGUAUCUAAAAACGAUUCCACGUCUUCAGGACAUGGGAAAGCCGUGACAGAGAGGUUCAAGGAAACCACAAUAAGAACUGAUAGCGUAGAGGGGUUACCAUCAGCGAGCACGACUACGACAGUGCGCAGCCAAAUUUUUUCAUACGUGAAUUACACGGACGAGGAUGAUGCCGCUGAAAUAGCGCACGAAAAGUCCUCUACUGAUAAAUCCAAUGAAACGGAAAAGGCAACCAAUUUAACGACCAUAGAUUUUCACGAAUACUCAACACGAGAAACUCACCAAUCGGUUCUCUCUCCACUCCCGUCGGCAUCUCAAACGCUCCAGCCAGAAGUUCCGUCCACUUUAGGUGAGCGGGAGAACGCCACACUCCACUCUAUCCCUGAAUUUCCUGUGAACUUAUCUGGCCUGAAUAGCUCUACUUCGGUCGUAGUAAGUGUCUCUUUUGCCGGUGAUGACAACGAAGCCUUUGUGGCCACCAAAGGCAAUGUAUCGUUGCCCAUUAUCAUACCAGAGCCAUCUCAGUCAUCCGACUUGCAGAACCUGGUUUCGAAUUACAAUAUUAGCUCCCCGAAAAUUGGCGAAAAUUUCACUUCUGCGAAGAGCACCAACGGAUCCGGUCAUAUUUCAGUUUUUCGCCCAAGCUCUACUCAGCACCGUAAGUACAGUCCUCCGACGAGAAGGACCACGGCCGCACCAUCGGUGACCACGCCCAGCGUUGUCGCCGCCAAAAACCAUCACCCUGGUAGAGCUGGUCUUCACUUACCGACGCGCAAAACCACUCCCGGUGCGCCGGGCUCUGCAACACACAAGCCUCAUUUGGGUCGCAGCGGCACUCGUGCUCCAUUCGGAAACAUCGGCAGCACGCGGCGCACGACGCUUGGAACCAAGGCCACGAUCCGACCGCUGACCAAGAUCUUCGACCGCGCGCGCACACGGCCGCACACAAAGGCGACAACACCGCGUCCCAACCGGGGCCCCCGUAUUCGAAUCACCACCGGCAAGCCGACGCGUAAGGGCUUCCCCAUCGGGCCGAAGCCGACGCUGGGAAACGAGACAAACUUCGACCUGGACGCCUACACUCGCCUUCUGCUCAUCACCCGACGUCCAUCGCGUCCUCCGGAGCCGACAUGGCGCACGACGUUCUUCAACUUGACGGAUCCAACGCCAGCGCCCAACGAAGUCGAGGCGCCCGUCAUACGCGUGGCUGGCAUUGCGAAGAUCGUCGAGGGCUGGGACUGGUCGCCACUACUCGGCGAUCAUAACACGCACGAGUUCCGCUACUUGGCCUACACUAUGCGGCGAAUGCUUGCAUCGAUUUUCCGCAGGACUUCUGAAGGAAGGUACCUUUACCGAGUAGAUAUCGAUGGAUUCAGUCCGGGCAGUGUCAUCGUGGACUACUUCGUCCUGUUCUAUCAGCGAGGCGGACCCGUGGAUCCUAUUGAACUUGCUUCGGCAUUCAAUUCUCAGCUUGGCACCAACGGGUCUCUAGGCGAGGAGUUCUUCCUGGAUCCCACAUAUACACAGUUUGAAGUGGUCGGCGUGGUACGGCCCAAGCCACUGGCAUCGUCCUCUGCCGAGCCACCGGUGCCGCAGUGGGCCAUCGCUGUCAUUGUCAUCGCCACAGCGUCGCUAAUCUUCAUCGUUCUCUUCGGAGCUGUCACGAUAUACGGUCGCACGGCUGAACGGCGCAAGUACAACAAUCGGCUGCAAGACGAUGAUCUGGAGAACGUGACGCCAUCUCCUAGCAAGGAGUGGGAGAGCAAGCUGGCCGCGUCGUACGAGAAUUUCGCCGCCGACAGCGUCUAUGACACCGAGGACCUGCACUCGCCCCCACCUUCUCACGAUCCGUUCCAGUACGACGACCGGUACAAGCGGAAGCAGCAUCAUAUGCAGCUUAAGCUCGAAUACCAGCAGCGUCAGCUAAAGAAGGAACAAGAACAACAACAGAAACAACAAAAACAGUUGUAUCAGCAACAUUGGUGGCAGCGUCAAAAGCAGCACCAGCAGCCAGCACAAGAACACGAACUGCAAAAGCAACAAAAGCAAUGGUAUCAACAACAUUGGUGGCAGCGUCACAAGGAGCACGAUCAACGGGAGGCACAUGAACAGCAAAAGCAGCACAAGCAAUUACAGCAUCAACAGCAGCAACAACAAAAGCAGAGGCAUCAACAGCAGCAACAGCAGCAACAAAAGCAGAGGCAUCAACAGAAUUGGUGGCAGCGUGUGCCAUCAACACUGGAAAAGCAUUGGCAGCAGCACCAAAAAGAGCAAAAGCAUCAAAAGCAGCAGAAGCUUCAGAAGCAGCAGCAACAGCAACAGCAGCGAUUGCAGCAACAGCACAUAGAUAGUGAGCGAGACCAGCAACUCAGGCGGGAACUAGAGGAAAAGGCGGCAAUCGAGGCUAGUCUCAAUGCUCAGGACACGUGGCGCAACAAGUGGGGCGUCCUGGUCAACAAACUGCCCCUGCACGCACGCGACACCGCCUUCUGAGCAAAUGCGUUCGUGCACAUUUGUACAGGCUCACACAAGUCAUUUGGUGGAGUGCUUCAGGCAUAGCGUUUGCAAAACUCCGUGCGAUUUUUCCCUCGACCACUUACUUGGCCACUCACAGGCACAGGCAUUCCAUGUGAAGGAACAGGAAGAAAAAAAAAAAGCAUCAGAAGCUUAUCAUGCUAGACUUCCCAUUGCUCAAGUAUGCUACCUUCCUUUGUCGAUCGAACAGAAUAUGUCAUUCUUUUAUGCAAAUCAUUUAUUUCUUUAACUGACAUUUAAACAGUGCAUCCGCAUGGAGUUUUGCAAGUGGCUUGGCUGAAGAGCGUCCCCCACCACGCACCUGAUGUCAUUAGUCCUGUUUGUUGCAACACGCUCCUGGGAGCAGCUGAUCGUUCCUACCCCGAGGCGGUGCCACCAUCCCUCUUGACGCCGGCCUUAUACACUCACGAAUACUCAUGGGACCUCGUGUUGCCUGCCCUCUUAAGGUCCCGCCAGUAACUCAACAACACACUUUUGCACUGAAGCAGUCGUUAUAUUCAUUUUUAGGCAUGAAAGACAUAGAAAGGAGUGCAAUUGUGAAUAGGGUUAAAUAUUAUUGUAGGGUUUUUGGCCGAGGUAGCUAGUGGUAAUUGCCUACUUACCAAUGCUUUCUUUUUUGUAUUCAUUAAUAUUUGCUUUCUACGUGGUAUAAACUGAAACAGUGAAAAGAAGGAGCUCUCCGUGUUGGAUGUAUUUUUUCCAGCACUCGUAACGCGGAGAUUAUUGUUAAAGCAUGUGUUCAAGGUUGCUGUCACCAAUCUAGUUAACUUAUAUAAGUACUGUACACUUCCGUUGCACUGAGAAUGCUGCACUGAGAAAGCUGAUUUGCAGCGAUGAGCCAGCCUUGCAGCUAUAAAAAGAAUUCCUGUGCUACCUCGGCCAUAAAGCCCCGCUUUCAGAGGACUCAUUGCGCUUGCCGCCGACAUACCCUGGCGGAAGACUUCUCGGCAGCCUUUCGGCUCUAAUUGUCUCUUGUAUGGCCUAGAGGGCACGCUUUGAUUGACUUUGCUUGGUAGAGUACUGCUACACGUCCAGGGUCAGUGGGGGGGGGGGGGGGGGGGUCUGUCGACAAUGAAAGACAUGACUUAAAGUCGUCUCCCAGGAUUGACAGAAUCUGCUCGAGGAGCAGCAGCGCCCCUCAGAUUUCUGAAUAUUGUAGGUGCAGGCGGAAUGGCCUUUGCAGCUUCAUUUUCACGCGAGUACCCACCAACGCAUCUCACGUCAGUGCCAGUGCUCCAAAAAUCUUCGGUCUGCUGGAGAGCACCAUACCCAAGCAGAAAUCACAAUAUGCGUCAGCUCUUACUCUAUUGCUGGGCACAUGUCUUUUUGUAGCUGAUUUAUUAGACUCUUAGAUCUUUUUGGCACACAAGUCCUAGAAGUAGUUUUUUUGAUCAAAUAACAUAUAUGAAAAUUUUAAGACUACAAUGACAAAUAACUGAAUGCAGCCUUCUUUCUCCGAAUUUUUUCUACCAUUAUCUUUAGCGUUGUGACCACGGCUGUUCAGUAAUAGCAGAAUGUGUGUUACGCCAACUAUUCGACGUACGUCAAUUUUAUGCGCAGUAGGAAAGAGCAUAACUGAGAUCUAAGACAUGGACGGUCACUUCGUAACUUAUGCCGCUGACUGAAGCAUACUAAGAAUAAUGUUGCAAAAAGUGAAUGUGAAAGACCAACGAACCAAAAUAACGUUACUUAUGCCAACAAUCUUUCCUUCUGCAUAGCUUCUGCGCCAUAUUACUUCACAAAUGCAUCCAACUAGCUGAAACAAAGCUUUCUUUACUGAGUUUAGCUUUUAGUCAAAGUUCUCUAAAUAUGGAAAGAAAGUUGGCUUUUGACAAAUUUUGCUUUGAAGCAAGAAGCUAAUUACUCACGAGUGUUUCAAAUAGCCGCAGGUCUUACACCAAUUGGUUGCUUUCCCGGCACAGUACAUAAUUGUUAUUAUCUUCAAGUCUCAUAGGAGUGCCUAACAUUGAGUGGGAUUUGUUUCCUAUCGCUUAGUCGCUUGUGUUAGGACGUUGUGCUCGCCUCCGCCGUUUCUCCUUUUUUAUUUUUAAAUUGUGGUAAGUGCGUGCUUCUUUCAUGAGGCAAUUUUUUUCCCUUUUUGGCAUGAAUGUCGUUGAAAUACAGGAUAAGGUGCGUACCGUCCCCUGCACAUCUGCAUUCCGCCUGCAGCUGCAACAUUUUAUAUAAAGGCAAUCUAAUUUUCGAGCCAUGUUAUGUUUAGCUUUGGGAGAUUGACGUCACUGAUAAAAAGCAACGCUCGGUAUGGGUUAACAAUUACUAUUAAAUUUUUUGUCUAUUUUCCGACUGGUGUAUGAAAGGGAACAUUCUUUUGGUAUUUAUGUCGUUCAACUGAUUCACACAGACGGUGAGGAGACAUAACGCCUGCGAAACGUCUAUUUUGGCGCGGACAGACGCUUCACAAACAGGAGUAAUUGAUAAUUAAGUAUGCAUGAUCUAGGCUCAGCCCAUUCCUAUCAGUGAAGUUACAAAAGUUAAAGCAUCCCCCAGUCUUUAUCGUUCUGCUAUGGUGCGAACCUUAAAGUUGUAAUGGACGUGUAGCCAGUGCUCUAUGAUGUGCGCGUAAUGCUUAAUGUAAAGAAGCAAGAGGAAUCAACCACGCAUUUUGCCAGGACCAUGCUAUUCAGGCGGAAUGAAGGCCCUUGUUCAGUCUUCACCACCUUCGCUGCCUGCAAAACUGGAUAAUCUGCGUGGCAUAUUGUGAGUUACAAUCAAGACAUCACCCCUUGUAACAGCAGGUGUGUUUUAGCUAUUUAUAUCUCAUUCUUUCAUAGCAAGUGUUCUAAUGACUUCAGCGCUUGUUCGUCCAGUUAACACAUUACGCCUCAUAAAUGCUUUGUACAGCCACUAUAGCAUGUAGUAAUCAUGUAUGCCGAGAUCUCAAGGCAGGAAGGUGCUACUACCACCCUUGAGUCUAUUUUUGCAUGAGUCAUGCUAUUUAUUGCUCUGUAUACUUUAGCAGAGGGAGCCUCAGUAGUUCACCUUGUUCGUAGUUUAUCUUAUUUGUCACGUCAUCGUCACACUCACUUGUAAUACACAUAAAGUAGAUGUUCACGAAUCUAGAAAGUAGUUUUGAGAUAAAACAAGUCACUGUUUCUUACCUAGAAAAGCAGAAAACAUCAUGAUCAAGCCCUCCAAGACUCUAAUAACAAAAACAUCCGAGAUGUAUAAAAAGAUACAUAUUUUCCUAUUUACUGCUAGAAAACAGAAAAGUUGUAUACAAGCUUCGGCUAACAGAACAUUUCCGAGCGUAGUAAUCCCGUACGCAAUUUUCUCCCCUAUUUUUUCUCUGGAAAAAAAAUGUUUACAUCACUUUAAGAAUACCCUAUCCAUAUUCAUCCUUACACAGUCCGAAACGCAUUCUUUAGCAUUUGUACUUUUUUGUCUCUAGACAAAAAUGACUCUUGAAAGAUAAGAACUAGCCGUUGACAGUGAUAACUUGAACCCUAUACAACCAAAAUUGCACAGGUAUGUCUAGAGGAUGCCGUGACAUCUGUCAUAUCCUUUACACUGAUAGCAGGCCACUGUGAGAUCAGUGUGUCAUAUGCGAUUAGUGUUUCUCAUGUCCUGCUGUGGCACCAUAAUGUAGUGUCACUCAAUACCAAAAUAUAUGUUUCUGACACAAAGUGUCGGCCAACUGCCUCAGUUGCUGGAAUCGUAGCGUGAAUGUGUUAGCUUUCUCUGACUAGACUGUAGUGACUGCUUAAAUAUUGCAAUGGAGAGCGUGGUUUUGUCCAACUAACCCUCAAGGAACCAUCAUUCAGCUAGUCAGGAUGGGUCAAGUGGUUACUGUUUUUAACUGCACUCUAGGUUUUCGUUUAUAUUUAUGUGUGCCGCAAAUUUCUGUACAUUGCCAAGUAAACGCCUGUACAUUUUUGUCGUAUAGAUUGCAUAUUUAUUGAACAGGUGCAAAGCAAUGUACCUACAUCUUUUGCCUUCUUGUAGCGCUCAACAUAUGUCGUGUUGAUUCUUGUUUUUGUGAGCUGUUGUAACGUUCACUAACCAAGAUGUUAGCCAUAACAAAUAUUUUUUAAUGAUUGACCGAUAUUUAGGGUGGCAGCGGAAUGACAGAUGUUAUGUUUUUCUACAAGUAUCCUGUUAAAUAUAAUUAGGGCCAAAUAGUUUCAAGGUGAUUCAAUUGCUGCCGUUUAAGUACAGCGAUUCAUAAAAUUUAAACAAGUUCGAAUGGAAAUGAACGUUUUUUUCUGGUGUACGUCUUGGUUAGCGCCAAUUGGAGGGCUUUUUUGAGCAUCUUUAUGUGCAGACACCAAUAUGUAGUCAGCUUGGUGCAGAACCAUGCGUGUAUAUUGACUUACAUGCUUAACUUCUAAGUCACCUCCACUUACUUCUGCAGCGUGUGUUCUUGUUUGCAAUCAUUAUGUACGGGUGUCACCAGAUCAAACAACAGAACAGAAAUCCGCGGAAUAAUUUGCAACCGAACAAAAUGAAUGUGGAAUUAAAUUGAUAUCCACGUAAUAACGCUAUAUAUUUUCUGCACUAUAUAUUUAGAGCAUUGAGCUUAUUGUACACGAAAGGGAAAUGUUGAUUCGAAGGUCGUAUUACGCAGCGUAGCACCGUCAGUCGGAAGUUGAUUAACUUUACGGGAGAAGAUGCGUCAUGUUAUUGACAGCUACCCGGGCAACUAAAAAUGUUGUUGACGAGCGAUAAACAAGAAGUCCAUUUGUCACAUCUAAUGCGUGAAGCGGCUAUAAACACAUCCAUUGUUAGAGCUUAACACUAGAAGACGCAACUCACUGUUUAGAAAUACUUGGCAUAUGUUGGCCGACAUUUUCUUUGUUGACCAAAUAAAACAGAAAUUGUAGUUACAUCACAUUGAAACAAAAAAGAACGAUCAUAUCACACUCAUGCUUGCGCGGGCUAUUUUUGUGCGCGUGUAUAGAUGAUAUUGUCACCACGUGACCACAUUGUUACAGUUUAAAUCCUGUGUUAUUUACAGCAGACACAAAUAUUAAGCCUGUAUAAGUCUAGUCUCACUCACACAAAAGCCUCUCGUAUGUAGCACUGUAGGUGACGGCACAAGGCCUGCAAGUGGAACACUACGGACGCAACCUAGUUUUCUGCCUUGCACCUUCCAGCUUUGACUUCUCGCACAUAGCAGUGUCGCACUGCUUUCGGAAUUCGAGUUGUGCCAUCCAUACCGUUUUUCCUCUUUGCAGUUUGGAAACACGAUGUGAAGAGGAGAGGUCUUUUGAAGUCACGCGUUGCAAUUGUGUUUUUGUACCACACGCUUACUUUUUCUCAAAUAUAUAUGCUGCUUCCGACAA